AUGGCAAUGAAAGCGCCGAGACAUCCACCAACCGACGCAACAGCCUUGAUAGUGGCACCAGUCGUGCUCCCGCUUCCGGUUCCCAGUGAUGAAGAUGCAGCUGUGGAAGAGGUUGUGGUUGAUGUGGUUGGGAAAGGUGGGGCAAGGGUGGUAGCUGCAGCACUGCUUGCAACGACAGCUGGGUUUGAGGAUGUUGAAGCUGUCAAGCUGGAAGAGCUGAUAGUAGAGGCUUCCGUUGGUGUUGCCGAUGCCGCGCAAGCACAUACAGCACUUGCUAAAGCCCCAAACGGUUACGGCACCGCAGCCUUUGAGGAUGCUAGGGAGAGAGCUGCAGAGUGA